AUGCAAAGAAUUCAAAGUUGGUUCGACCAACUGACACUCGGACGUCAGUCACGUCGCAUUUCACGUCGCCGUCGAAAUCAUUCUCGACAGCCCGACGAGCGUCGGAAGGCCUCUUCUCCUUCCGUUGUACCUAUGUCUUCGAAACGAAUUGCUCAACCAACGAGAGCUGCUUCUCAUAGUGUUGUAAGGCAUUCACGAAAUGAACUAAAACCGUUACCAGUAAGCAUCGCGUUCCCACCACCACCGACAUCAAUGCCUCCUCCAAUGAUAGUUUCAACAUCUUCAAGUAGUACAUGCAAUGGAUCAUUUCCUAGGAGAAAUCGUAUUCGCACCAAUCCGUGGAUCGGAGAGAACAAAAUGUGGGAAAGCAUGACGAGUAGCAUGGGAAGAACGGGAACUUAUGAAUCGAAUAAAAAGAAGCGUGCUCCAGCCCUUUGUGUGGCCAGUCCAGAUACGAGUAUGUGUAGUUCAGGAUAUGCAUCACACGAUUCCAGUCCCGACACUUCAAUGGUUUGGACGAAUAGUGCAGAUUGGCAGAAACAUUAUGACAAUGGAAAUAAUAUAUAUCACGAACUAAUGAGUGCAUCAUCCUAUCACUCCCUUCGCCCGACUCCAAGUCCUAAACAUGAAAGAGCUGAAUCUCCGAUAUACGCAGAACCAUGGACAUCAGCAUGUGGUCCAAUGGUGGUCAGAAACAGAACAUAUCGUCCAGCGUCUCCAGUUUAUGCUCAACCAUUCUCAGAACAUUAUCAUAGGGUCUCGCCACGAAGAAACUUCAAAGAAAUGACUGAUGAUGAGUUGGCAAGAGAUGAAUUUUUACAUGAAUUGGAUCAACAGAUUCAUGAAUUGCAGAUGCGCUCGGAGGAACUACGGGAAAUGGUUGAUCGUGCUCGCCUUCAACGGAAAGAAUUCAUAAUUCCAAAAAUGGAAUGCACUUUCGAGUUGGCGAUUUAA